AUAACCUGGCGGGAGAUUCCAGAUAAUAAUAAGAUCAUGGGUUCGCAUCUGGUGCUGCUGAGCCUCUGGGGCGCCGCACUCGCUGCUAUGGCCGGUAGGACCUUAAGACCUCACACCCACCCACCCCGCCCCAUGAUUCAUCAGAUACCAACCAUCUGUGUGUGGGUGUUUGGCUGUUCGGGGUGUCGGUGUCGGCCUACAGGGUGCACAAUGCCUGCUGCCGGCAGAACGUCAAUGCGCGACGGUCAAAAGGCCCAGAUCUAUCCGUGUAUUGUGGACGCACCGCCCAGAUCUCUCUGUGUAUGUGUUUUGGUAUGUGCAGCUGAUAAGUACUCGCCAACGUCGGCCAGCAUCAUUCCCCCGGGCUCGUUUCUCGACCGAGAAUAUGGGCAAGAGGGUACGUAUCUGGAUGGAUGGAUGGAUGGAUGGAUCGGCGGAGGGAGGGCAUAUGUCUUCGCACCUGCGGGUGGUUGCAGGUGUGGCGAUGGCCGCGCUGUCUGCGGAGCUGGGCAAGGCCGAGGACGAUAUCCGUCGGUCGCUCAAGCAACUCAAAGCCGCCGACCAACAGCUGAAGGGUGAGUAUGGUACACGUGCCAGCGGAUGGAUGGAUGGAUUUGGUUGUCUGUGUCUAUGUCUGUCGCACACGGAUGUCAGGCAUCUUUGAAACUCUCUUUGGCAGUAAGGGGAGCUACGAUGUCAACCCGGAACAACCUCCCCAAGGUAGUAGGUGACGAAGGCAACACCGUGGAUGGAUGGAUGGAUGGCUUCGGUUCUCAGUCGUAGAGGACUGCAGAGGUGAGGCGGACAACGUCAAGUGCGGCGAUAUGGCCCGAUGCUGCAACGAGAUCUGCACACCAGUGUACGCACGCACACCACCCGGGCAACACCCAACACCCACAGACACACAUCUCUCUCUCCCCCCCUCUGUCUCGGUGUCUCCCUUUCUCUCUCUCUCUCUCUCUCUGUGUGUGUGUGUGUGUGUGUGUGUUGCAGGUCGCAAUGGGAGAUGGCUAAGCGUCGCCGGCCCCGCGGCAUGGAGUUCCCACCCUGCCCGGUAAAGGGGGUCACGAGGGAGCUAAGGGAGGUGCCCUUGUGGUAAAAGGCUUACCACCCCUAAACACACACACACUCCAACACACGCCCCUCACACCCCACACGCACACGACGGUAGAACUGAUAGAAUCAACCGGGAGGGAGGGAGGGAGGGAGGUGCAUGCCAGUCGCACAUUCUGUCUUCUUUCCUCUUGAUCUCUCUGAAUGGAUGGCUGGAUCUUCCCCUCAGACCUUUUUCUUUCGUGUGGUGUGGUGCGUGUGUUUUCGGCCGUCCGUCUGUCCGUCUGUCCGUCUGUCUGCCUGUCUUGGUUGGCCGGGGUGGGUGUGGGUGUGGGUCGGACACAGAUCAAACCGGACCGAUAGACCACGGAACUGGCGACUGACUGAAUCGAAUCAAUGACUUACCGGUGAGAUGGUCGGGAAGAGCAUUGAAAAGUGGAGAUGUUCACGCACUGACGCGUCAUAGGGUGAACUGUACACGACAAACACACAUACACACACACACAUCUGGGCAGGGCAUGAGCCGCCAGGCUGGCUAAUGGUACAAUGUAAUGGAUCAAGGAAUAGGUAGAGGCAGGCAGGCAGAGCGAUAAAUGGCUUCUUCUAUACAGGUGACCUCAACGGAUGAAUGGGAUGG